AUGCAAGUUAAUACUAAUAGUAAUAAUAAUAAUAAAAAGAAAUUAACUCUUCAGAUAGAUUCUCCAACAAACAAGAGUCCCACGUCUAUGUUUUAUUCUUUAAAUAAUGAAAGUAAUUUAUCAUUUGAUUCUAUCAGUACUUCAGGAAGAUUAUUAGAUAAGCUAGAUCUAUCGCUAGAAGAUGAGAUCCUAUUACAACAGGCGUUUAAUGAGACGAGUAAUCCUUCGAACAAUACACUUGGAUCGACUACUCAGAGUGGCCCUGUGCUAUGCAUGCCUGCAUCUCAGUUUAGGUCAUUGUUAUCAGAUAAUAAAAGACCCAAUAUUAAGAAUUCUAAUGAUAAAUUAAGAAAUAAAAAUGUAGAUAUUUCCGAUGCAAUAAAUAAAAUUGAAUUUAAAAAUAUUCAAAUGUCUACUGAAGCUCAAAAACAUUUAGCUGUGACAUCCAGAUAUUCAUAUUUCGUGGAAGAAGACACCGAUAUGGAAAGUAUACAAGAAUCAGUAUCGACGUCGAAUUUUGAUGAUAUCAAUACAACUUCCACAACCAUUUCACAACAACAACAGCAACAAAAUCCACAAUUCAAUAUACAAAAGAACCAAGUUCCAAACCAAUUUUCAAAUGACGAUCGUUCUGCAAGUUUUGAAAGGUUUAGAAUAGGCAAUAUCUCAAUGCCAAUGACUUAUCAACAAAAGACUGCAUAUACUCAUAACCAAAAUCAAAUAUUUUUCCAGCAACAACAAAAUAAUACAAUCAGAAGUAGUAAUACGCACAUUCAUUCUAAUUCAAAUUAUCAAACUCCCAUGCAAAGACAAACCACUCCAUACAAACAAACACGAUUUAAUACAAAUAAUGGAACACUUUACAAUUAUCCUUAUAAUAAUGACUCAAAUAGUACAUUAGUUAAACAUUCAUCUCCAAUGACUCCUAAUCAACAUAAUUUCCCUAUGACAAAUGUAGAAAAUACUUUAGUGAAACAAUAUUCUCGGUCUUCAUUGGAUAGCGAUACAAAUGGUACAGACAUUAAUAAUUCUACAAAUAUUACUGGUAAUGAGAAUUCUAAUGAUGUUUUUACACCUCAAAGAAACAAUUCUUCCAAAAGUACAAUACCAAAUUCUAUUCCUAAUAUGAAAGAGCCAGUCUUCCUUGAUGGUGCAACACCUAAUGCAAUGAAUAUUAUUAAUAGUCCAUCAUCAUAUAAGAAAGGUCAUAAGAAAAAAUCUUCAUUUUCUAUUAAAAAUUUAUUCUCUUCACCUAAAUCUUCCAAACAUGGCCACCACAGUACAAAUAAUAAUAAUAUCAGUAGCAACAGUAGUGGAACCAGUAAUAAUGGAAGCUCUGUAAGUAGUACGACUAGUAGUCGUACUGGUUCAAGCUUAUCUUCUCCAAAGAAAUUAUCAAAAGAUAAUGCAUUACCUACAGGCCAUUUUAACAUACCUAUGUAUAUUUUCCCACCAAACCCUAAAAUUAAAAGUAUUAGUACAUCAAUCCCAACUCCAACUUCUACCCCAAUAUCGUCAAAUAGAUAUAUGGAACCACCUUUGAAUUUACAUCAACAUGGUAGAUCAUUAUCUGAACUAACUGUUCGUUCCCAAGAUUUCUCUGAUGCUACAACGAUUCGCAAUUUCAGUGACACUCAUACUCGAACAAAUAGCAACCGUAGUGGUUAUAAUCAUGAAAGAGGUGUUUCAUUAGAUGGUAUGACUAAAAAUAACAAUUCUAAUAGUAAAAAAAAUAAUAGUAAUACUAAUAACAAUAGUAAUACCAAUUCAUCUUCUAAAAAUAGACUUAAGAAAUCCAAUAAUAAAAAACUAUCACACAACGUCCCAUUUUCUAAUGAAUCUACUAGCAUAACCACCACUUCUCAAUUGCUUAAAUUACCGGGAGAAAAGUCUCAUUCUCAAUCUCAUUCUCAAUCUCAAUCACAAGAAAUUAUCAUUACUAAAUUAAACAAAAAUACUAAUCCCACAGAAAUGACAUUCAAUGAUAAUACUCAUGAGAUCGUUAAUAAAUCGAGAAACAAUUCCAAUGCUCAUAUGCAUGGGAAUCGUAGUAAUGAAGAAGUAGAUAUUGCUAUUUCUAUGAGAAACGAAGGUAAAUUUAAAGAAUCAACAGAGAUUUUGAAAAGGGCUUGCCUUUCUGGAGAUCGCACUGCAUUUCUAUUAUACGGUUUAUCAUUAAGAUAUGGGUACGGUGUAAACAAGGAUUAUAAAGAAUCAUUCAAAUAUAUAUUUGCAGCCACAAGCAUUAUUUCUGAGACUGAUGAAAUAUUCAAUGUUGAAAAUGAUCCCUUUAUAAUUGAAAAAACUGAAAUGCUUGAAGUAGAUAAUCACGAUAAUUUGAAAGAAUUGGGCAUCGAGAGUAAUAAUAACAAGGAUAGAUCAAACCCCAUCAUUCCUGCAUUAUACGAAUGUGGUAUUGCAUAUUUAAAGAAUUACGGCAUUAAGGACCCUAGCAACAAUGAAUUUAAAGGGUUGAAAUAUUUAGAAAAAGCUGGGAGUAUGGGCCAUGUAGAUGCUAUGUGUCUUUGUGGUACUUUAUGGUCUCAGACUAUUGGUUCAAGAAAGAAGGAUACCGCCAGAGCUGCUGCAUGGUUUCGAAUCGCGGAAAGAAGAGGUGCACAUUUAAUUGGUUCAAGCUGGAUACACAAGGACAAGUACUUGAAACCAUCUCAACCAAGCUCAACAACUACUACCAUGACAACCACAGUUAAAUAA